CCCCCGCGCCGCCGCGUCCACGAAACGGCAGCCGGGAUGCCUGCGCGCGCCUGGCGGUCGCGGGGCUUCCGCGGCCGGCCGGCCGCCUCCCGCGGCUUCCGCGGAGGCGCGGGGCUGACGUCUCGCGGCCUCCACGGGUCCACCAUGAUUAGUGAAAUUGGAAGCGCGCGCGCGCGCCUGCGGCUGCGGGUGAAUCCUCCGCGGGUGCUUCGGCAUUAAUUAGAUUCUUCCCUGUGCCUGUUGUUGGUUCAAAACCGAAGCCUAGCAUUUCAGUCCGCUCUGUUUUGGCGCCCCCAGAUUUUCCAGCGUUCAGGAUUCCGGAAUGUAGGCCAUAGGAAACCAGUUAUCCCCUUCCAAAAAGUGGAGGUGGCCCUGGAUUUUGUUAAAAGCAGGGCUGCUAUCGAGGAGGAGCUUGAUUUGGUAUUGGCGGAAGUUCAUUUUUGCAAUAUAGCACCAGGCUCUUUGGCAAACUCUGAGCUGCUCCACCACAUACUAAAUGAACUUCAAGUCCCUGUUAUCACAAUGUGUGCUCAUUACGAUGAGGAGGCACUCUCCGAACAUGUGUCCCUGGGAGCAUGUUCCCAUGUGCUCAAGCCAUUGGACACAGCAAGCUUGAACAUGCUUAAGCAGAAAGCAUUAGAACACAAGUCUAAAAAGGUAACACCUCAAGGGCCAAUUCCUAAUAGGACCAAAAGUAGAAUGGUUUCAUCAUCUACUGAAAGGCUCCAGGAAAUGCUUAUACUAGAGGGAAACAAUUUAUCGAAUCCUGGAAACAGUGAAUUUGAAGUGCCAGAAGUUGAAAAAGCAGAUGGUUGUUCAAAGAAGCUGGAUCGAGUCACAUGGACUGUUGAGCUCCAUGAAAAGUUCUUGGAUGCUAUUGAAGUUCUUGGGGACAAGAAUGCUACACCUGAGAAGAUUCGGAGGCUCAUGAAUGUGAAAGGUUUGACCUGGAAGCAUAUAGGUAGCCAUCUCCAGAAACAUCGGUCGCGCAAACAGAAUGCGAAUCAAGGAGGGCAGCACCAGAGGAAUGCCAGCAAAAAACUAGUGUCUGAGCUGAUAGGAUCAGGACAAACUGCAGCCACUACUGAAUCCAUCACAUCUAGAGUUGAUGCAGACAUCAGGGAGGCAUACCCCUCAAGGAUGUGGAAACAGGUGAAGGAAGAAGCAGCUUUGAAGACUUACAUGUACACAAGCACAUCUGGAAUUUCCAGAGAUGGCACAAAGUCUGUGUGGGAUGAGUACCAGAAGGGCCUGCAGAAAAAGUUUUCUGCAUCAAACAAACGUUGGCAACAGAUAGGGCAGUCAUCGAGCAAGUGUCAGUUGCCUGUGAAGAACAAUGUUGUUGUCAUAGAUGGAGGUGUUUCAAGUGAAGCCCCCAAAGCUACUGGUGAAAUAGGUUAUGGUGCAUCCAUAGAAAGCUCUGGUUCAAGCAGCCUGUCAACAAGUUUGGCUGAUCAAGUUGGUGAGAAAAAUCAUACUGAAGCUUCUGGCAAAAACUACAACAUGGGAAACAUUAAUCUGCUUGAAGGUACCAUGAACACGGAUGCUUCUGACCUUUUGGCGUUCCUACUGAGCGAUGAUCUGGACCUGCUAGGCCCCUUUGAUGGCUGGGAAGAACAGGUCUCAGACUUGAUGAGUGAGCUGCAAGGAUUGGUAGAGCAGCGAAACCUUGGUCUGGAGGAUCCUCUUCAGGUAGACAAUGCAUGGAAUAAAGAUCUUGCAUUGCCGAGCCUUAUCAACACAGAUGGAUCGAUGGCUCAAGAAGUCACCUUUGAGAAUGUACCAGUUGAUAACGCUGUGGUGCCGAUUGCCCAAGCCAAUGGAUCCUCGCAAGAUCGGCAAAACCUUGGCCUGGAGGAUCCGCUGCAGGUAGACAAUACAUGGAACAAAGGUCUUGAAUCGCCGAGCCUGAUUAACAUUGAUGGAUCGAUGGCUCAAGAAUCCACCGUUCAGAAUGGUCCAGUGAUCCAGUCCAUAACCCUGUGAUGCCGGUUGCCAAAGACGAUGGUUUCUGGAGUUGGAGCCCUCUGGCGGGUGACUUUGACAUGCCAUUCUGAAUCAGGAUGAGCGAGUGAUGGUAUCAUGGUAACAAUUGCAUCGAUGUUUAGAAAUAAGAGCCCUGACAAAAACCGUUAUGUCGAUCGGGGAGAAAUUAGAGCAGAUACAACAACUGUUGAUGGCGACCAACAGCUCAGCACUUGGGGUGACAUGGAGGAAAGAAGUGAAGAGAGAGAGCGCAGCUUGUCGCGGCAGGCUGCGCCGAUCGCUUGCUCUGUUCAUCGUCCUUUCCUCGGCGAUACGACAAGCUUAUUGGCCUCGCUCUUAUGCUGUAAUAAGUGCAAUCCCAACCCAAGACACUACUAAUAGUUUCUAUACUUGCCAUGUCAUAUAGACACUACUCAUAGAAACUACAUCCCUAAUGGAUGGUUUCUUCAAAAUAAAUUGCGAUCCAAUCAUAUUUCUUCU